CUUUAAGAAGCUGCUCCGCGGCAGCGAGCGGGGCCGGAGCCGCAGCCGAAGAGAGAACUGAGCCAAGCCGGCAGGUGCACUGCUGUGGGGACGGCAGCGGCAUGACCGGCCACCAUGGCUGGGGCUAUGGCCAGAACGACGGCCCCUCACACUGGCACAAGCUGUAUCCCAUCGCCCAGGGAGACCGCCAAUCACCAAUCAAUAUCGUAUCCAGCCAAGCUGUGUACUCGCCCAGCCUGAAGCCUCUGGAGCUUUCCUAUGAGUCCUGCGCAUCCCUCAGCAUCGCCAACAAUGGCCACUCCGUCCAAGUGGACUUUAAUGACAGUGACGACCGAACUGUGGUGACUGGGGGCCCCCUGGAUGGGCCCUACCGGCUCAAGCAGUUCCAUUUCCACUGGGGCAAGAAGCACAGUGUGGGCUCAGAGCACACGGUGGACGGCAAGUCAUUCCCCAGCGAGCUGCACCUGGUUCACUGGAACGCCAAGAAGUACAGCACCUUCGGGGAGGCAGCCUCGGCACCCGACGGCCUGGCUGUGGUUGGUGUCUUCUUGGAGACAGGGGACGAGCACCCCAGCAUGAACCGUCUGACAGAUGCACUCUACAUGGUUCGGUUUAAGGGCACCAAGGCCCAGUUCAGCUGCUUCAACCCCAAGUGCCUCCUGCCUGCCAGCCGGCACUACUGGACCUACCCCGGCUCCCUGACAACACCCCCACUGAGCGAGAGCGUCACCUGGAUCGUGCUCCGGGAGCCCAUCAGCAUCUCUGAGAAGCAGAUGGAGAAGUUCCGGAGCCUGCUUUUUACCUCAGAGGAUGAUGAGAGGAUCCACAUGGUGAACAACUUCCGGCCGCCACAGCCACUGAAGGGCCGUGUGGUCAAGGCCUCCUUCCGGGCCUGAGCUGCCUUCCCGCCCAGCUGGCCACUAGGGCACCGUCUUCCCAAGGGCUUCCAUGUUGGCGGACACCAAACCAUCUGAGGCUCCCUGCCUGGGAGCGCUGCGGACCCCCCUUUAGCUGGCUUGCUCCUUGGCCACCCUGGAGGCCUCUUCAUGGGACCCUCUAGUUGGGGGAUGCCUUUCAGCUGCCCUGGGCACAGGAACGACAGGAGCUGAGCGUGGUCCAAGCCCGAGGCUGCCUCUGUUCUCCAAGACCCAAAGGCCCCUGGGAACCUUCUCUUGUCUUCCCCACUGGCAGUGACAGCAGCCCCACCCUGAGCUCACACUGUGAUGGAUGAGACCAAACUCACUGGGGCAGGCAGCUGGCAUUGCCAGAAAGACUCAAGCAAUAAUUAGAAGUGGGCACAGCUGCCCUCUUGGCGUUACCUCUUCUGCAGGCCUCUGCCAUGCACACACCUCACUGCCAGGCCAUUAAAAUCAGGACCCAGCCUGCUGGAGGUGACAUGGCCUUCUCCCUCCAGCCACCUGCUGCCAUAGGCAGACACUGGCUACAGCUUAUGUAGUAUCUCCCUUCAUCCCCACCCAGCCACCAAAGCCACUACGUGACAAUCCAUCCAUGCGAUGAUUAAUAAAUUCAUUCAUUCAUGUAACAAA